CAUUUCGCCCUGUUCAGCCUGAGAGGUUUAUCAGAUCUGUGACUCCUCCCACUGUUGUGAAAAGCAGUCCCCGAGUUGGCAGAAAGCAAUCGGAACCCCCCGGAGUUAGAGAGCGGCACAAAGCGCCGAGAUGGUUGGAGCACGGGAAGGCUGGUGUCAAAAUUGGGAGAGUUGUCUCGCUAACUCGUCAAGCAACAGUCUGACAGUCAUAAUCAUGGAAUCAUACCUUACACACAAGGACCCACCGCCAUCCAUUGAAAUAAAACUUAAGAGGUACAGGUACCUGAUUGCAUUGAUCAUCACUCUGAUGGUGGCUGGUGUAGUAAUACUGGUGACAGUAUCUGUGGUACAGAACAAGUCACUGCCAACGAAACUGAAGUAUGGAAUAGUGCUUGAUGCUGGUUCCUCUCACACUGCAUUGUACAUCUACUCCUGGCCAGCUGAGAAGGUGAAUGACACUGGUAUAGUCACAGAGGUGGAUUCCUGCAAAGUGAACGGACCAGGCAUUUCCAGUUAUUGGAAUGAUAUUGACCAGGCCGGUCUCUCCCUGAAAAUGUGCCUCGAAAAGGCUAAAGAACGAAUUCCUGAAAAACAACAGCACGUGACCCCGGUGUAUCUUGGAGCAACAGCUGGCAUGCGCUUACUGAGGUUACAGAACCAACCUCUGGCCAAGAAACUUAUGAAAUCAGUGGAAGAGUUCAUUAAGACUUAUCCAUUCAAUUUCCAAGGGGUGCAAAUUAUAACUGGACAAGAAGAGGGAGUGUUUGGAUGGAUUACCGUCAAUUAUCUAAUGGAAAACAUCGGGAAGAACAAUGCAGGAGGAAACCCUGAAACACUGGGGGCACUGGACCUGGGCGGUGCCUCCACACAGAUCACAUUUGUGCCUGGUGGGAAGAUUGAAUCCGAGGAAAGUGCUCUGCACAUCCGUCUGUAUGGGAAGAGUUACAACAUAUAUACACACAGCUACCUAUGUUACGGAAAGGAUCAGGCCCUGAAACUGCUGCUGGAAAAACUGAAUGUGAUUGAUGAUGGAACCAUUUUGAACCCCUGUUUUAACAAAGGGUACACAAGAACAAUCAAUGUGACUGCAUUCUUUGACAGUCCAUGCACAUCUGUACAGCACAGUAGAAUUCACCAAAUAGUGAGGGUCAAUGGGACAGGGAUCCCUGACCAAUGCAAUCACUACAUCAGAAGGAUCUUUAAUUUCAGUGUUUGUACCUGGAGCAGCUGUUCAUUUAAUGGGGUUUACCAGCCCAAGGUCCAUGGGAAAUUUGGAGCAUUCUCUGCGUAUUAUUUUGUGAUGGAUUUUUUUAAUCUUACAAAUGAAAAGCCUUAUGAUUUGUCCACAGUAAAGCAUACGGUGGAGGAGUUCUGUUUGAAGCCAUGGGCUGAGGUUAGAAAUUCAUUCUCGAUUCAUGAAAAAUAUCUGAGUGAAAACUGCUUCGCCGGACAAUAUAUCCUCAGCCUCCUGCAGAAUGGUUACAAUUUUACAUCCAGUAAUUGGGAAACAAUCAACUUUUUGAGAAAGAUUAAAGGAACUAAUGCUGGUUGGACACUUGGAUACAUGAUGAAUCUUACAAACAUGAUACCUGCAGAACCUCCUUAUACCAAACCCCUCACCAAUGCCUCAUAUCUAACAGUCAUGGUCAUCGUCUCCAUCUUCCUUUUCUUUCUGCUACUCACUGGAUUUCUUAUUUUUAGGAAGAAAACUUUCAAAACACAAAAUAAGCCAUAAUGAUUUUUACAAUUGGAUGCUCACACCAAAGUUCUGACCAUAAACUUUUCAAAACCAUUCAGAUAAAGCAACCAACUAUCUAUUCCAAAACCUGAGCUGGAAUUUUAUUCUUUGUUGACCAAAUGGCCAGAUUUUGCUAUGGAAAUUGUUAUGGCAUACCAUCCAUCAUCUUCAGGUUGACUCCAAUCACCACCAGUGCAUAGUGACAACGGUGUGUACCAUCUACAAGAUGCACUGAAGCAAAUCACCAAGACUCCUUCAACAACAUCUUCCAAACCUGUAACCCCUAUCAUCUAGAAGGACAAGGACACCAGCUAGAUGGGAACUUCACCAUCUGCAAGCUCCCCUCCUAGCCACAUGCCAUCCUGAUUUGAAACUAUAUCAUCGUUCUUUCGGUAUCGCUGGGUAAAAAUCUUGGAACUCACUCCUUAACAGCACUGUGUAUUCCCUUCACCCCAACAACUGCAAUGGUUCAAGAAAGCAACUCCCCACCACCUUUGGCAGGCUAAUUCAGAAUGGGAAUAAAUGCUGACCUAGCCAAUAACACCUACGUCCUGUUAAAAAUGCAUGAAAUUGUUUAACAAAGUAAAUUGACUUGUAUCCAAUUUGGCUAUAUUCUCUCCAGCAGGCCUGGGCAGUGGAGUUUCUCUGGGAUUGUUUAAGACUUACUGGAUUGAGCAAUCAUCCUAAUUCCAGCAGUGAGUUCUCUCAAUAUUGUAAUAUUGAAAUGACCUGGUAUCUACUCAUUAAAUAUGCCCAAUGCCUGAACUGGAAUUUUAUUCUUUGUUAACCAAAUGGCUAAAUUUUGCUAUGGAAAUUGUUAUUACGUAACAAUCAUGUGGCAAAUUCUAGCACUUAAACAUGUGAAGUUAAUUGUGAAAAUAAGGAACUUGCUGCCCAACAUGCCCUAUUCUUUUAGAAGUUGCACUAUACUGAUAUCUUACUGACAGACAUAUCAUUCAAAUACAAAUGCAUGCAGUUAUUGUACUUACCUGAUACAUCUAUGUUAAACUCACCAGAAAAAGUCCAACUUUAUUGGAAUGGUAAAUCUUAAUUACUAGCAAAUAACCCCUUUGGUUAUGAAAAUUAACUUUUACAAACAAGGAGUCAUUCUUUCAGACUUUCAUUACUGGAGAUACAAAAUAUUUAAUCUUUCUUUCCUUCUCUUUAAAUCAGCUACAGCAAACAAAUAACAUUGAAUUUGUGUUUCUAACUUACACUUCAUGAUAUAAAGUCUGUACUGAUGGUUAACAAUUCUUCAGUCUGAGUUGUUUGGAGACUCAUGUCCUUUGUUCACGUAGAAAUUUCAGAUCUUGUGGAGAGGGGGCUCUGUUUGUUCGGAUGUUCACUACAGCAACGUCUGAUGCCAAAGCCCAUAUGAAAUCUGUUAGUAAGGUAACAGACUGGCAAGACUUGUUCACCAUUUACCAUUGAUUUCAACCAACUGUGUCUGCACACAUCUGACACACUUCCCAGUUUUUAUUGAUACGAUAUGGCUUGCUGUGGUCAUAACCCCAGUUCAGUGUCAAUCUGCACAGGGUAGCACUUACCCCAAGGAAUUGUGUGCAGCAAAAGCAGCUGGACUGACAAUGCCACUGAGGCAGUGUUACAGUAUACAUGAUAUCAAUUGCUACAUAGCAUUAGACAGGCUGACAUAAUGUGGAAUUUGACCAACAGGUGCCAACAAACCAGCACUUACCCUAUCACUCAUCCUCAAAUGCACUCAACCUCUCUCUCACAUUCCCGAGUACCAACAUCUUGGGAGUUACGAUUGACCAGAAACUAAGCUAAACCAGCAAUUUGUACACCACCACAGCAGAACAGAGGCUGAGAAUCCACUGGCAGGUAACUCAUCUCCUGGAUCACUAAUGCUUGUUCACCAUCUACAAGGCACAUGUUGGGACUGUGAAGAACUACUCUCCACUUGCCUCGAUAAGUGCAGCUUCAAAAACAGUCAAGAAGUUCAACAUCAUCCAGAACAAAGCUUCUAUUUGAUUGGCACCCAAUCCACUAACUUCCAUAUUCAUUCCCUUCACCACCGAUAAAUAGUCAAAGCAGUAUGUAACAUCUACAAGAGGUACUGCAACAGCUCAUUGAGCCCCUUUCAAUCGUACCUUCCAAUCUUGCAAACUAUAUCAUCUAGAAGGACAAGGGCAACAGAUGUCUACAAACACUAGCACUUGCAAGUUAUCCUCCAAACCUACACCAUCUUGACUUAGAAAUAUAUCACAGUUUAUUCACUGUCACUGGAUCAAAAUGCUGGAACUCCCUUCCUAAUAUGUGUUCCUAUACCCCCAAAGACUGCAGUUCAUCACCAUAUUCUCAAGGGCAAUUACAGAUUGGCAAUAAAUGCUGGCCUAGCUAGACAUGCCUACAUUCUGUAAUUGAAUAAAAAGCAUGCUUGCAUCCUCUACACAAAGCUGAUCUGAAUCUGUUCUCCUUCAUGGUCUCUCACACUCUUCCCAUUACAAUUCACUGGAUAAUGGUUUGUGCAUACAAUGUGACUAAGCUCUCUGGUCUGAUCCUGUGUCAUGGAGAGUAAUUGGAUCACUGCGAAUAUGGCCCUGGCUGAUAUAGGUAAUUCAAUAUACAAAAGACAUCUAAUUAGCCCAUCAAGCCAUGCUUGUACACAUUUCAUAAUUUGGAAAGGAUCAAAAUUUGCACAGCCACAGCUUAAAUGGAACAUUGCUCUAAUAGUCCUCAGUAUCAAAAUGACUGUUAUCCAACUCAUAAAUUCUGUCUGAGAUGACUGCAACAAAUGUAAACUUUCCCUCUUUGUCCUUCUCCACCUGCCUGUGAAAUAGUGAUGACAUCAUCCUCUUCCAAUGCCUCUCCAUUAUAAAAGCCGUAGAGUUCAUAGGCCAGGUGUAGGCCAUUCGGCAGAUCGAGUCUGUUUCGCUUUCCUACCUUAACUGUUGACUCCUUGCUUAUUAAAAAUCUGUCUUUCUCAGCCUUGAAUGCACUUAACAAUCCACUCUUGACAGCCCUCUGCAGUAACAAAAUUUCUACAGAUUCACUACCCUCUGACAGAAGAAAUUCCUCCUCCUCCCUGUCUUAAAUGGGUGAUUCCCCUAACUCUGAGAUUAUAAUCUCUGCCCUAGACUCUCCUGAAAGACUGAAAAAAAUUCUCUCACUUACCCUGUCAAGCCCUCUAAGAAUCUUACAUGUUAAGAUAAGGUCUCCUGUCAUUUUCUAAACUCCAAUGAGUACAAGUCCAACCUAUACAACUUCUCCUCAUAAGAAAAUCCCUCCAUACACAGGAUUAACCUAGUGAACCUUCUCUGUACUGCCUCCAAUGCCAGUAUCUUUCUUUAGGUAAGGGGAUCAAAACUGUUCCUAUCUCUGAAAGUUCUAGCACCACAACCUUCUUAGAUAUCAGCACUCUAAUUCUGUCUGCUUUUGUCCCGUAUUUUAAAUGCUUCACCAUUGGCAGCUGUACCUUUGGUUUCCCUGGCUCCAUGCUCUGGAAUUCAUUCCUUUUUUUGAGAAAUUCCAAGAUUGCUAAAUAGAUAAAUCUAUAGUGGCCAAGGGAGUCUUGUGGCAAAAGAAAGCACCCAGUAGAUAGCUUGAAAGUAUUGAGAAGAUAACCAGUACAAUGAACUGAGUCCAGAAGAAGUAAAUGAAAGACUUACCUCUGAGAAUAACUGGAAUUGAGGAGAAUUAAAGUAAUUUUCAGAGAACAGUCGUAUCCGUAUGGAAGGUCAUGACAGAAUUAAAUACCUAAGGUGAUGUAUCUAAAACAGAAAGGCUUAGGGGUAGUAAGGAGUAAAAAGUGUAUAACAAAUAUAGUUAUGACAGUAAGUAAAACAGAAAAUGCUGGAGAAGGUCAGCGUGUCUGGCAGUCUCAGUACAUGAUGAAUUAUAUGACUUCUUGAGAAUGUACUGUCAUAUUGGACUCAAAAUGUUAACUCUGUUUCUCUUUCCAGAGAUAAUAUCGGACCUGCUGAAUUUCUCUAAUUUCUCUUGUUUUAGAUGGCCGGUGUCUGUAGUAUUUUGCUUUCAUUAUAGUUAUAUUAGUGUUAAGACUGUUUGAUUUGUUUUUUUUUAUAUACAAAUAAAAUUGUUUUUAUUAAAAAGUUAAA